AUGACGAUUCACAACGAUAACGAUUUUGAUAUGUUGCCGAGAAUGGCCACAACAUUUUCUUAUAACGGUAAAUAUGACGCAAAUACUGCAGAAAAAAUUGCCGCAGAAAACUGUGACAGUCCAUCACAAAUCGUACCAUCGUUGUGCGAAGUUGGCUUCGUUCCAAAAGCUCCUCCUCCUCCUCCAUUUUUUAAUCCGAUGUCAGCCAAUCUUCAUUCGACGAAAUUGCCGCAUCAGAAUGUUUCGCCAGUGUUAGUGGAAACACAAAAUAUUGUUGAUACAAUACAAGCUCGAGUAUUGCCAACUUAUUUAUUUAGUGCAGCAAAUAUUUGGACAAAAAAAGCGGAUGUUAAUAUCAAAUUUAAUCCAAGUUUCAUCGAAGAUUAUUUUGUUGAUAAUAAAACAUCUCCAACGCAAAAAUUAGUAACCGAUCGUCGUUCAAGCAUUGUUUCAAUAGGAGGAGGAGGAGAACUCGGAGUGGAGGAUAUUUCGCAAGGCCUUCUAUUAGGUCAUACCGUUCUGUUAAUGUACGAUGUUUCAUUGCAACACAUAUUGAAAACAACUUCCGUUGAUCACAUUAUAUCAUCUAUUGAUAAUGGAAAACCGAUCGAAUGUCUCGACCGUAUUCGUCAAAUUUAUAAACAUUUUACAAGAAAUCCAAAAGAUGUUGAAAAGUUUUCAACCUAUGCUGGUCCAC